GCAGUCCUCCCACCCACCCACCAGUCGCCGCCGCCGCCGCCGCCGUUUCCAGCUAAACUCCGGCACCCAGCCCCCGUCGUGCGGGCUGCAGAAUCGCUCAGAUGGACGCCGCGGGCGGUGCCGGUGGAGCGGUCGUCGUCGACAAAGCGGGCGGGCAGGCGCCGCCCAAGACGCUGGUUGACUGGGCGCUGAAGAUCCUCGACACGGCCGACCCCGACGAAAAGGCCCGGCUGGGCGACCUCGCCGCCACCAAGUGGCUCCGCGGCGCCAUCCCGCUGCCCUACGACCCGGCGCAGCCCGCGCGCGCCCCGCCGGACCGCCCGGCGCGGAGCGACGCGGUGCGGCUGCUCCCGCCCUCCCAGGCGCCGAAGCUGGGGAAGGGCGGCAGCGCGCAGAGCCGGCUGGCGAUGCUGCACUCGCUGGCGCACAUCGAGAGCUGGGCCGUCGACCUCUCCUGGGACAUCGUCGCCCGCUUCGGCGCGCAGCUCCGCAUGCCCCGCGGCUUCUUCGACGACUUCGCCCGGGUCGCGCAGGACGAAGGGCGGCACUUCGCGGUGCUCUCCGCGCGGCUUCGGGAGCUGGGGUCGCACUACGGCGCGCUCCCCGCGCACGACGGCCUCUGGGACUCGGCGAUGCGCACCUCGCACUGCCUCCUCGCCCGCCUAGCCGUCGAGCACUGCGUCCACGAGGCUAGGGGAUUAGAUGUCCUUCCAACCACCAUAUCAAGAUUCCGUGCUGGUGGGGAUGAAGAAACAGCCAAACUACUCGAAGAUAUUAUUUAUCCAGAAGAGAUAACACACUGUGCAGCUGGUGUUAGGUGGUUUAGAUACCUGUGCCUCCGGUCCCUCGCCAGCGAUCCAAUUGCACCUCCAGUUCCGCAGCCUAAACCCCAAUGCUCUGCUGAGCUGCCAGAAGGUAGGACAGGUGAUGAUAGUAAGACUUCUCAAGCGGUGCAUGAUGGAUUGGCGGAUAAGCCGACAGAAGAUAUUAAUAGCCGCGAUGAGACGAUUCAACAAGCGGAGGACGGACUGGCACGGUGUGGCCUAGGCGAAAAUGGGGACACCGAUGAAAUGGCAAUCAUUGAGAGGUUCCACAGCAUCGUUAGAGAGCAUUUCCGUGGACCCCUGAAGCCCCCCUUCAAUGCGGAAGCCAGGAAAGCAGCUGGAUUUGGGCCUGCCUGGUAUGAACCCCUUGCGGUGAAGGAGGCAGAGACACAAGCAAUCGAGCAAAGUGAGUAAGUGUUUGUGCUGUUUUCCCUUUUACUGGUAGGGUAGAAGACACACAGUGGGUGCUACACCCUCGGUUCAAUCUGGUUUUGGUGUACCUUUCUUGCUAGCAGAGACUGGUGAACUGGUGAUCCUGUUUGUUUUGGCAUUGGCAAACUGGUGUACGUGACUAACCAAACUCAAACCAAGAGAUGUACGUGAAUUUGCACUGAAUUUGUGAUGUUUUCGUACUUGAUUUAACGGCGGUGCCAUAUUUCAGAUA